AUGGCUUCGAGGGGAGAUAAAGGAAAUGGAAAUGGCGAAGAACAGAUCGUUGAGACUUUGGCGGAGGUGUUCCGAUGCUUCAUCUGUAUGGAGAAGUUGGUGGACGCACACUUAUGCCCUCAUUGUUCGAAGCUAUGUUGCUAUGCUUGUGUUCGGCGCUGGCUUACAGAACAACGGUCCCAGUGCCCACACUGUCGGGCUGCUUUGCAUUUACACGAGCUGGUAAACUGCCGUUGGGUAGAAGAAGUCACCCAGCAGAUUGAGACUAUGCAACAAACUAAUUCUGCAAGUCAAAGUUUCAGAGACAGGUGUCCAACCCAUCAAGAAAAGUUGACUGUAUACUGUUGGACAUGCAGACGAUGCAUAUGCCAUCAGUGUGCUUUGUGGGGGGGUACACACUCUGGCCACACCUUCAAGCCAUUGGAAGAAGUGUAUGAACAGCACGUCACUCAGAUACGCGAUGAGGUGUCCCAGUUGAGGCGAAGAUUAAUGGAGCUCAUCAGCCUCGUUCAGGAUGUCGAACGCAACGUAGAGUCUGUGCGGGCGGCGAAAGAUGAGCGAGUGAGGGAAAUCCGUAACGCUGUGGAGCUCAUGAUAUCGCGCCUUGACUCCGCUCUGAAGGCGAAACUGCUGACGCUGAUGGGCCAGAAGAACAGCCUCACCCAGGAGACAGAGCAGCUCGAACACCUACUGCAAGAGAUUGAGCACCAGCUGCACUCCAGCACCAGGUCCGAACUUAUUGCGAAGAGCGGCGAACUAUCCAAAAUGAUCCAUCAGGUGCGCAAGAAACCAAUGGCAAGCUUCGUGACCGCCCCAGUACCAGCGGAUUUCCACAGCGAGAUCGUGCCAAGCUACGAUAGCAGCACGUUCCCGCUGUCCAACUUCACUCAGCUCCAGCACGCCGCGGCGCCCGUCUACUCGGCGCCGCUGCACGUCAAUGGCCUCUGCUGGCGGCUCAAGGUCUACCCGGACGGCAACGGGGUCGUGAGAGGCAACUAUCUAUCCGUCUUCCUCGAACUCAGCGCCGGCCUGCCCGAGACCUCCAAGUACGAGUAUCGCGUGGAGAUGCUGCACCAGGUGUCGCGCGACCCCUCCAAGAACAUCGUGCGCGAGUUCGCCUCCGACUUCGAGGUGGGCGAGUGCUGGGGGUACAACCGCUUCUUCAGGCUCGACCUGCUCGCCAGCGAGGGCUACCUGGACCCAGAUACCGACACCCUUAUACUCAGCGAGGGCUACCUGGACCCAGAUACCGACACCCUUAUACUGAGGUGCGUGCCCAGCCAUAAACCUAUGUCAGCGCUAGGGCUGCCGAAAAAUCGCCAGCGAGGGCUACGUGUCUGGGUACGGACACCCUUAGCGCUAGGGCUGCCGAAAAACCGCCAGCGAGGGCUACGUGUCUGUGACACGGACACUUAUACUCAGGUAAAUGAGAAUCUCAGCAGUUGUCUGUGCUUGUCGUAUUUGAAGUUGUUAGCGGGGAAUACCCGCUGCGAGUGUCGGGAUCUUGUACGACCAUAUCACAGGUUCCAAGUGAGGCCGCCUACCUUCUAUCAGCGCUGCCGCGACCAGCAGUGGUACAUUAACCAGCUGAUAACGAUGCAGAACCAGCACAUCCUGCAGAUAAACGAUCUCAAGGAGCGCCUCACACUGGAGAUGUCGAGGAACUCGAUCGCGGCCACCCGCGUGCCGAACGGCCCGCCCCCCUCGCAGGGCGGCGCAGAGGCCGACAACCCCGCCCACAACAACCCCGUGGAUGGCAACGCCCUCAGCGACUCCAUCCUCUACGGCAACCAUUGGAAGUUCAGCACGCCGCACGGCGUCGCCAGCGGCCAGAGGCUCACCAGCCCUGGGGUGCUGAACACGGCGCUGUACCUGGACGACACGCGCAACAACGACGUGUCGUCUCACUCUGCGUACGCGUUCGGCGACUACGCGCCGUUCGAGCGACGGCUGCACGCGCACGCGCACGCGCACGCGCACGGACACGCGCACACACACGCGCAGCACGCGCUCGACGCCUACAACCUGCCGUCCACCUCCAGAUCCGCGAGCUCGCUGGCCGGCGGCGGCGCGGCGGGCGGGACGGCGGGCGCGGACAGCAUGGCGCUGGUGAGCCUGCACACGCUGUUCAGCGCGGCGAGGCCCCCCGCGCGCCUGCCCCGCCACGACAAGCUGCGCGCGCCCGCCAAGGACACGGCCCUCACCGCGGUGGCCAGCAGUCCGGUGACGGAAGCGGGCGCGGGAGCGGCGGCGAGCAGCGGCGCGCUGUGCGCCUCCGCCUCCUCGCCCGAGCUGAACUCGGCGAGCGCGAAGGGCGAGGCGCGGGGGGCUGCCGCGGAGGGCGCGGGGGGCGCGGGGGGCGCCGCCGCCGCGCACGCACCCUCGGAGACCAGCAGCGACACCGGGGAGCUCAUGUUUUCGGAACUAGAGGGCUUUGCAGAAGAGAACAACCCAAUUCAUGUUGAUGAGAACUCAAACGAAGAGAACGACGUAGACGAAGAAACUAUGUCAGACGGGUCGUCGGGCAGCGGCUCGUGCGAGUGGUGCGCGCUCGAUGCCUCGCCCGCCUCCGACGCCUCUCCCGCCUCCGACGCCUCUCCCGCCUCCGACGCCUCGCCCGCCUCCGUCGCCUCCGACGCCUCGCAGGGCUGUCGCCCGCCGCGCGACAACGGCCGCGCCGCGUACCGCCGCCCCCGCCCCCGCGCGCAGCCCUACUCGCCGCGCCGCGUCCCCUACGACCCCUGCGACGGCUGCGACGACGACAACCACGUAGUUUCGUGUUCCACAGGCGAGAACGACGUGGAGGGCGCUUGCGGGCCAUCGGCGGAAGCGGGCGCGGACGCGCUCAGCCGCCUCCUGUGCGCGGUGCACGGGCGGGCCGUGACGCCCGCGGGCAGCGACGGCAGCAACCCGCCGCCCGCGCCCGCCUCCGCCUCCGCCUCCGCCUCCGCGCUCUCCGUCGGCGACCCGCAGCUGUCCACCGCCGCGCACACGGACAUGCUGCUGCUCAACCUGAUGCGCAUCAACGGGCUCACGCCCAAGCACUCUAAGCACGGUCCUAAACGCAACUGGGCGACAUUCACGCAGUCGCCCGACGCCGCUCGAGGCGGUAGUGUGGCGAGGGCGCAGCGGCGUGGGCCUGGCGGGGGGGCGUCGCCAGUGGGGGCGGGGGCGGCGAGUUCAGGGGGCGCUCGCCCACGCACCCGCCAGCCGCGCGCCCCUCCCCUCUCCCCCGGACAGCUGAGGCGCACCCACGUCACCUUGCCCAACGGGAGGGCGGUUCCCAGCGCCAUGUCCCCCAGCAGCCCGGGCACCCCAGAGAGGGCGCGCUCCUCCCCCGACGCCCUCCACGACUACUGGCCCUCCGUCUCUUCUAUCAGCGACGCAGACGACGUCGACGCCAUCCUCGACUAUAAUGACACGCUGUUCGACAUGCUGCUGAACAGCCUCUCGCUGGAGGGCGGCAACGGCGCGCCCGAGUGCGACGACGCGCCGCCCGUGCAGCCCUGGAGCCCGGCGGCGCCGCGCGACCCGCCCGCUCACGUCACGCACGUCACGCCCGCGGCGCACCAGCGGCGCGAGCAGCGCGGCCGCGGCGCCCGUCCGCGCGUCCACAACGUGUACUACGUGCACAACGAGGAGGGCGACGCGCCGCAGCGCGAGGGCGAGCCGCGCACUGAACGCAGCGCCCCCCCGCCGGAGAACGGCAACGCGAACGCCCUCUGCAUCGCCACUACCCCGCCGAGCUACCGCCGCGAGUACUACCAC